AUGAUCUACACCUUUGCGGGAAAAAAAAUCUUCGACAAGCGACAAGAACUCGCGAGAGCAAAUAAACGCAUAUCACCUGACAACCUACCCAAAGCACGUAGAGAAAAGUCUAGAAGUUCACAAACCGAACUUCUCCCUACUACCAAUUCCGUCGAAGAACACCCGUCUGAUAAAGCCUCCAGACCUGGUUUACCCCCCGCUCAACCAUCAUAUGCAAGUAUGCAUCCCAAUAAACAAGCUAACGCGGCUAUGUGGGCCUAUGCAAAAGUCUCGCUACUAUUCUUCCUCGCUAUGAUGAUCACGUGGAUUCCAUCAACUGCUAAUCGCAUCUAUUCCAUUUUGUAUCCGGGCAUGGUUAAUAUGUCUCUGCAAUAUGUUUCGGUGUUUGUGUUGCCGCUGCAGGGAUUCUGGAAUGCGUCAAUCUAUGUUAUUACGAGUAUGGAUGCUUGUAAGGUUCUUUGGAGGAAAUUAGGAAAGCCGGUGGUGAUCUUUAAGGGAGGUGGGGGAUGA